AUGGCGCCCCGCGGUCGUGGAGGGAAGUUCUCCAAGCCCUCGCGAGGAGGAGGCAAAAAGUUCAGUCGGGACGUACAGCCUACCGAUAAGGACGGAAACCCAGUUGGCCUUUGGCGCGACCCCGACGACGAGAUCCCUUCAUCUAACGAGGAGGAGGAGGAGUCAUCAGAGGAGAGCUCGGAGGAAGAAAGCGACGAAGCCGCCACCGGAAAUGGCGACCAACCCACCGCUGCCGCAGCAGAGCAAACCCGUGAGGCUCGUCGCGCUGCUGCGAAGGCCAAGAAACAGGCUGCCCUGGCAAAGCGCAACAAGGGUCCCGCACAGCCGGGCGACCUUCCUCCCUCAGACUCCGAGGAAGACGAAGACCUGCCCGCAAACCCCAACCACACGGCCAAGUCCCGCUCCCAACUCGUGACGAACGAUGAUGAUUCAGAUGAGAAGCCCAAGAAGAAGGUCGUUAAGGAUCUGUCGCAGCUGUCGCGCCGUGAGCGUGAAGCGAUCGAGGCUCAGCAAGCGCGCGAGCGGUACCUGAAGCUGCACGCUGAGGGCAAGACUGAGGAAGCGAGGUCUGAUCUUGCUCGUUUGGCGAUCAUUCGGGAACAGCGUGAGGCGGAGCGCGAGAGGAAGUUGGCUGAAAAGGAAGAGAAGGAAGAGCAGGCCAAGCAGCGGGCUGCGGCUAUUAAGGAACGGGAGGAAAAGCUCCGUGCUGCGGCUGCUGGUAAGGUGAAGAAAAGUGGCGGCAAGAAGAAAUAA